UACAUCGUUCCUGAAGAGUGCCACCGUAAGCGAAAACGAAAACGUGAUCUGUGGAUGGCUGGAAAAGCUAUAAACGACUAAAAGUUGAUUUUUGCCACUUAGUGGAAUUCGAUCCUCCAGAAGGUUGGCUCGUUGCCUGUUGUUCGAUAGAAUAAUAAUAAUUAAUACGUGUUCCGCUUUCCUUCGCCGAUAAAUGUGUGUUCGACAGUAUUCGAUCGGGGGCUGUUAGCUUAGUCACCGGCAAUCUAACUGGCGUGAGAUUUGAACGUUGAUGUUGUAGAUGAUAAAGCCACAUAGUUUUACCCAUUUGCUUUAUCUAAAAACUUAAUCGACAACUGGCCCUUGUUCGAUCAUGGCUGCUUCUACCGAUAAUCAGUAUCAACAGCUGUUAGCUAUGGACAAACAAUCCCUAAUCUACAACACAGAACCGAACUGGUGUCAGCUUUGCGACAAUCUGACGUCCAUUGGAUUGGGAGUAGUGCUAGUUAACUGUUUGCACACUUUCUGCAUCGGUUGUCUGAAAGUAUCACUUCUCAAUGCAACAACCAUCCGUUGCCCGUUUCCCAACGGUUGUUACGAGUGCAUAGGAAGCCUGGAGCACCGGGAAAUCGAAGCACUGCUAAGUCCGGCUGAGUGUCAUGACUUUAUGAACCGACAAAUUGCAGCCCUAGAAAAGGAUACAGAUUCAAUGCAGAAACAGCUGGACCUGCUCAAGAUUGCAAGUGACGCGAGCGUUGUUCCUAAUCCCGAGCCCGUCGAAUGUCCAAUCUGUAUGGACACAUGUGAGGCCUACAAGGGCGUCACUCUAACCCAAUGCUUCCACUGCCUUUGCUGUGAUUGCCUGAUCGAAUUGAUAAAACUCGCCGAAGACGUGGAUGUGAAGUGCCCUAUCAAAGAUAGUGACGAUAAGGCUUGUGAAAGUAUUAUCCAACACCGGGAGAUAAAAAGCCUUUUGAGUGCCGAUGAGUACAACCGUUAUCUGGAGCGAUCGCUAAAAAAGGCGGAACUUUCUGCAGAGAACGCCUUCCACUGCAAAACUCCGGACUGCGUGGGGUGGUGUUUGAUCGAGGACAAUGUCACGUUGUUCCUAUGUCCGGUUUGCAAGGCCCAAAAUUGUGUUCCGUGCGGGGCCUUGCACGCCGGAAAGACCUGUCAGGACUUCAAGCACAGCAAAGAAAUGCAAACCAUGGACAAGCUCUCCCACGAGGAAGUCGAGAAAAUGCUCACCGACGGAGUGGCCAUGCGUUGUCCGAAAUGUCGCAUCGCGCUAACCAAAAUCGCCGGUUGUGACGCGAUUGUUUGCAGCAUUUGCAAAACGCAGGUGUGCUGGGCCACCAAAGGACCGCGAUGGGGACCACGUGGCCCCGGCGAUACCAGCGGAGGAUGCCGGUGUAACGUCAAUGGCCAGAGAUGCCACCCGAACUGCCAGAAUUGCCACUAGCGCGAUUUAUAGGGAAGAAGGAAGACUGAAGAUAAGUUAUUACCUGCCAUCUUGCAAACUCGGAACAAAGGGAAGCAAGCAUUUGUUAUUUGUCACUAGUAUUUUUUGACAAAAUAAAGGAAUCUUACAUAUUCUAGCAUUUACU